AUGUCCAAACCAACUCUGAUCUUCACCCCCGGGGCAUGGUACCCCCCUACAGCAUUCGACCCUCUAAUCGACCGACUGCGUCCGCACGGCUACCCCUGCCAGACGGUGGCGUUCCCCUCCAUCCAACAAGCGACGGUCGUGACAUCCCUGCAGCCGGACAUCGACGCCGUGCGGGACGCAGUCGAGCCCGCCGCGGACGCCGGACAGGAUGUCGUGGUCGUUGCGCACAGCUGGUCCGGGAUGCCGGUGUGCAGUGCCCUCGACGGACUGUCAAAGACAGAGCGCGAGAGGAACGGAAAACCGGGCGGCGUGGUGAAGCUGGUCUUCAUCUCGGCGUUUGUGCCGGAGAUGGGCGAGAGUCUUAUCAAGGCGUUUGGGGGCACUCCUCCUCCGUGGUAUAUUAGAGACGAAGCAAAUGGCACGGUGACGGCCGAGGAUCCGUAUACGCUUUUCUUCCACGACGUCCCGGACGGACAGGCCUGGGCAGGGACGCUGCGUCCGCACGCCUGGGUGACCAAGAACAGCCCCGCCACCGGCGAAGCGUACGUCGACAUCCCUGGCUCAUACCUGCUGUGUGCGCACGACAGGGCGAUCCCCCUGCCUGUCCAGGAGAUGCUGGUCGACCGGGCGCGGCAGAAGGGAGCGCGGAUUGUAACGGAGACGGUGCAGACGGGCCAUUCGCCGUGGCUGGUUGUUCCAGAUGAGGUGGCGGCGUAUAUUCAUCGUCAAGUCGAGAAUAUUCAAUCGGAGUGA